CGAACACAUGUGCUCCGAAGGGUUAUGACUGAUGUAGUUUUGAAGUAAUUUUGGACGAGGGUUGGUUGAGAUGAGAUGGUGGAUGGCAGUGACGUCACGGAUGAUGUUGGCAGACCUGCUGUAGUCAAUGGCAGCGGGACGGGGAAGGUUGGCAGACGGAUGGCUAGCAAGGGACUCUUAUAAUACCCGUGUACGGGGCAGGAUGGCUCACAAAAUAGGAGUGAACGGCACACAGUACGAACCUGACAUACGAAGUGAAGUGGACUUGUGUUUUUAUGAUGAUGAUGAUGAUGUUGAAAGGACUAAAGGCGGUACAGUUGUUAAUGGCUCGGCGUACAAUUCUGUGAUCGGUUCUUCCUCUCCACUUGGUGCGAGGUGUUUAGUGGACUCCCGGUACCGUUGUGUGGAGGACACUUCUUCUGGUGGGCUAGAGCCCGGUAGGAGGAGCCCCGUAGAAGGUCAUCAGGGAUCAGAGGAGGUGCCGAGGGACGAGGAUAGUGGUGCAAGUGUCAGUAGUGGUUCAAACACGCCAGGGAAGGUUGGUAGUGCGAGUUCUCUUGAGGCACAAGGAGCCAGUGCAGUCAUGGAACACGUAGACCCCAACCCCUACAGCUCUGACGAGUGGGAGGAGAGUGACCUGAGCGACACUGAUGGCGAUCACAGUGAUAGCAGUGACGACGACGAUCCUAAAUCUCAGGUGGAUAGACUCAUAGAGAGAGGAACUUUGGUGUACAUGGAUGGCGAAAAUUCUAACCUGUCUUCUGAAACUGAGAGCAGUGACAGCAGCGAUUACGACGACAGUGACAGUGAGAGCGACAUUACGGAUGUUUCCCCAUUAAUAUCAGCCACUGCCAGCCCGUUGGGUCUCUCUCCUGUCCUGCCCAGACGUACCUUGGGCACCUCGCCGCUGGCUCUACACGACAACAGGGAUUUGAGUUUUGAUUACCAUCACGAGCACUCUUCCAAUGACCAGGGUUAUGACUCUCAGCCUCACUGCAAUGGCUUCAGCAACAGUGAUGAUUCCACGGACAUGACACUCUUGCUCAAGGCAGUUGUGGAGCUGGAGAAGAAGCAGCACAGACAAGUCAAUAACAGAACCAAUAAUGAUUGCAAUCUUCAUCAAAAUGUGUACCACCAUGAUAACCACCUUCAACCAACACCCCCCAUCACAAUACACCCCAUUGAUGCCAGUCCUCACCAUCGUCAUCUUCGCAGAACGAUGCACCAUUACAGGAGGAAGAACAUGUCGUUCACAAAUGAUGAAGUGCGACGGAUAGAUCGUGAAAACCAGAUCCUGCUUCAGAAGAUAAUGAGUGCACACAGCCGGAGUAAACACCAGAGUUCCUCCAACCACAAUAGUCGGCCCGUCCACAAACCUGCAAAUUCUACUGUUAAUAGAAAGAGAGAAGACGACAAGAUUCGUAGAGAAAAUAUGAUUUUGCUGCGAAAAAUUCAAGAGGCCAAGCCUUCUCGGGAUGUAACUGCGUCUCGUUCUUCCCGUCAACGGACAUCACAUGGCCUCCGUCCAACAUCUAGCCUUCCUACCCCAAAUGGGUCAUGUGGUGCUUCAGCCCGUACAGCACCAGGUCACGUCAACACACCUACUCCUCGCAAAGAGACAGCUCUGUGAGAUUGCUAGUUAGUAAAGAGAGUUCAGUUUUGCAUGGCACAUGGAUUGUGCUUUGCCAAACUUGGCUCUCUGGCACUGGGUUUUAAUUGCCAAUAAAUCAUUGGCUCCGAUCAUCUCUUGCAUUGCUGACCUUGGCUCAAUGUAGAUGCAUUCAGCUGUUUUUAUGCAGUCUUUUACUUGAAGGUGUCCAGUUCAUAUUCCUUUUGGUACCAUGAAGGUGUCCAGUCAAGUUAUUUCCAUGCUCUAAGGUUGUUAGAAAUACAUUUUUUGAGGGCAUUGGAACUAUACCCUUUAGGCGUACAACUGUUUACUCUACUUUCAAUGUCAGCACUAAUGUUUUUAAGGAGGAAUAAUUGCACAAAUUGUGCUGUUGCUUCCCAUUCAUAUAAAAAUUGUUCUUACCAAGAUAAUCAAAGAAUGGUAGGGCAAAAAUGUUUCAUAUUCCGAAGUGUUGUAAUGUAUUAAUGUGUGAUUUGAUAUUGUAGUUACUUUAUUGAUAAAAAUUACACUAACGGGAGGAAUUAUUAGAGUUUGUAUAAAAUAUCAAAAAUUCCUAAUGCAGAAAUUGUCCAAAAUUGCUCUAAUGUACUUUACAUUUGCAGUGAAUGCACUGAUAUAUUUUGGUAGGAAGUAUACUGUGCCAUUAACCUAUUGAGUGCAUUCAUAAUAUGCAGUGUUAACCUCUUAAGUACAUACUGAAGAAUUUUCUGUAAAAGGGUUUUGUUACUGUGUAACAUCACAUACAUAUACCUCUGUUAAUUUAUACUUUCCUCCUUGUGUAUAUUUGAUGAAGUAACAAGUCAUUCUUUUCACACAAGUUUUUUUAGUGCAAGUAACUGGUGACUGCUUUCACUUGCUAGCCAAAUCAACAUGCAGAAAUACAACAGGAAAUGUUUCAAGCAUUGUUAUUGCAGCCUUUACACUAGAAUGUGUGAAGAUGGUCACCUGCUGAAAUAUUUGGGGAAAAUCUUCAUGUUGCCUGGCUUCAGUAUGAAAUAAAGGUGACAUAAAUAGAUAGCAAUGUCACUUAAUGUAUGACUGAAAGCUCAACCUGCUCCUCCCAUGCGUAAAAGUAUAAAUGAUAAUGGUAUGCAUGUCUUUUGCAAGAGAAACAAAGGAUUGCAGGAUACUGGGAGGUCCCCCCACUACCUCUAGACUGAUGAGCUUGUUCAUGCUUACAUUCAUAAACACUUGGCCCAUGUUCAUAUUGAAUGAAUGGUGCAACCAUUUAUCUCAACCCUCAUUACACUACUGUAAUGCUGCUAAUACAUUCCACACAUAGUAAAUCAUUAUUUUGGGGCAUAUUUAAAGUGUCCUGUUUAAUAAUAACGUCCUUGGACACUUGGAAAAUUGACCAACGAAUAGAGGACCAUCCUGUGUGGUGGGUGUAAAGUUUAUUCCUAACAAGUAGGCAUGAUAGUGGCAAUCAAGAAUAUCAGCUUGUAUGGAUAACAUACUGUACACUUAGUGUGUUCCAAAAUGUGUUGUUGGUGUUGUACAUAGAAUAUUAAGGAAAAGUACUAGAUGGCAUCAUUGAUGAAUUGAGUUUGAGCAUUGUACAAUUGACCCGAUGUGUAAAAAUCGCAUCUUUAACAUGAACUAUUCUGAACUUUUAUAAUUUGAAACAUAGAAACUGCUUUGUAAAAUCUGUGUUCUCAAAUUUAGGGGACUGUUAUUAGGAUUUGAUAUCCAUGAAAUUGCUUACCAAAAUGUUAAAUAAAAGCUGUAUGGGUUAUACUUGACAUGCACUGCUCAAAUAUAGUUCACUUUAAACCAUCUCAAAACUGCUCAUCUCUGUGCUGCUUUUUCACCCCAAUUUUGGUUACCACACCAUCUUCCUCUCUGCUACUUUGCCCAGAUCCAUUUGAUUUUAAGAAGCAUUGAAGGAAAUGGUCAUGUGGUUAGCAUGUGGGGUUAGCAUGUGGCAUUUUUAGCAGAUGAGAAUUAUAAAUAGUUGUCCCUGCUAUAAUUUUUCACAAAAAUCAACAUGCCGGGAUAAUUAUCAGCCAAAGUAAUGUGUAAAAUUUUAAGGGUCAUGAUUCCUGUCUUUACAUAUGUUUUUUAAUGAAGAUACUUUAACUUUAUAAAGGUUGGGAUUUUUAACUAACAAAAUUUCAAAUAUUCAACUAGGAACAUUUAUUUUAAAAGGUGAAACAAUUGACUUAUUUAUCAAGCCCCGCAUUGGCGCAUAUACAGUGCUCAGAAUGGUAAGCAAGUUAAAAAUAUGUUAGGGUUGAUAAGGCUCGAUAUGACCUUUCUAAUUACUGUACUCAAACUUGACAUUUAGAUUGCAGGUAUGGUUUUAAGUGUGUAUUCAUGACAAUAUUAACAUGACGCCUUCACCUCCAGGUCUAGUGUAAAUGCACAAAGAAAAAUCAGAAAUUUUUUGUGAUCAUUAAGUACAUGGCAUCUAUACUUAAAAAUGUUCCAAGGGCCACCACAACAGUAUGAACUAGUGACGGGUAUUGAAGUUUGUUCUUGUGUAUAAUACUAGCCAGCUAUUUGAAAUUGAAACCAUACUGUCACUAAAGGUGUUCAUCGUAUGGAAAGGAUGAAAUGGUUAUUUAUACAUACAUUUAUAAAUAUAUACACAACUGCCUUGUUAAUGUGACAGGAACAAAGUCCUCUUAGCUUGGUCUGGUGAUUCACCAAACGUAUUUUUUACCUUUACUUUAUAAAGGAAAACAAUGCCUAUGUCAUACCAGUCUUGAGUGCAUAAUUCCUUGCCCUGUCACAGGAAUUUCAUCCUUAUUAAUCUAGUCAGAUGAUCUUAUUUUGUGGACCUGGCACAUCCAUGCCCUGAGUUUUUGAACAGCAUUUGAGUUGUGUACAUUUUAGGCUUAUUUAAUCAUGGAAAUCUUAUCUUGAUAAUUCACUGGUACAAAGGAAGUAUAUUUAGAUUAUUAAACUACAGAUCUCAAGUGCUGGAUGAGCCUGGGCCCAGGAUGUCCAUCAUGCUUCCAAGUGUUAAUAAGAUUAUGUAUUGAUCUCUCCUUUUUUUUCGGUCCAUACUGCAGCUCAUAAACUUGUCAAAUCCAAGACCUUGUGUAAAUUUUAGUGAUAUGCCAAUGAACCAAAAUAUUGUAAUGAUGAGAUGAAGUGCUGUGAUUUGAGAAUGGCACAGAGUAUGGAGGGACCAUUAUAAAAAGGAUCAUUUAUUUCAUAUUCCACAUAAACUUGCCAUUAUGAUGACAUUAUAGUGGCAAAACUUUAAAUAAUUUAUAUGUACAGUUUUUUCUUGAAUUGUCUUCAAAGCAAUAAUGUGUACCAGAUACCAUUCAUAAAAUUCAUGAAAGUUGUGAAGACUAAGUUCACCAUAGAAUCAGGCAAACAUUUUGGUUCUUUUCAGUUUAAUGUACUGUACAGUCUUUACAAGUUCUCUUGUAGCAUAUGAAUAAUUAUGAAUACAAACCUGCACUCUAGGAUAAUUAUUUAUAUCCUAAGUCCUCAGGUCAUUUUUAAGUUAUAGGACAACUACUGUUUUUGUAUUUAUUUUGAUGUAAAAAAAAUUUUACACCCAAGCAUUGUGAGCUGCUUGUAAGAGUUGUGACUUGUACAUCGUGUGGAAUAAGAAUUGACCAUUUAAACUGGAGACAAUUUUUCAUGCCCGCUUAGAUUACUAUGUAAAUAUUUUUUUAUACUCGUCUUUCAUUGUCUGUGAAAACUUUUUGAACAAUAAAAACAUUGUUGA